AUGCCCUCCAUUAAACUCCACCCUUCCUCAGGCUCAUCAGUAACAAAGGCAUCAAACCCUCAAGCCCCCCCGAACCCUCUCCCACCCCUCCUUCAAACCCCGACAGGCCUCGCCAUUCUCGAACUUCAAGGCACAAUCAACGUCCCAACGUCAAACAAUGAAGAUGAGAUGACCGACGGCCCCAACUCUACCUCCAUUUCUACAGACCCAUCCUCCACCUUCGAAACCCCAAUUGGAAAACUCAUGUUCCCGGACUAUUCGGUGCACAACCCAGACGACACAAAAUGGAUGAAGCGCGCAUACCUUUAUGUCGGCCGGUACCAGCGCAUGACCGGGGAAGUGAAGAAACUUCCACGCCCGAUUGCCGUGUUGCAGAGGCACCAGAGUGAGAGCAGUGGGAAUGAGGAGGAAUUGGAAGUUGUUGAGAUUGUGCGGUAUAAGAUUUUCUUCAAGAGUCGGCCUGAGCCUGUUAAUAAUGUUUGA